AUGCUAGCUGUGUACGGCAUUAUAGCAACGUUCAACUUUGUCUCUCGAGGGUCUCGGUACGACAAGGAGAACGAUGUGUGCAGUAUCGGACUGGAACGCACCAUCCUGUUGCCCGUCAUUUUCUUUGACGCUGUUGUCAACGUGUAUCUGACGUCGCUGUUCUUGUUUCCACUACUGAGACUACACUCGAUCCAAAUAUCGAUGAUGAAGCCAUGGACGAUGCAUGAGAAUACCCUUCAUUUCUCUCGAGUUCCGCCCAACGUAAGGCUACGGAGACUCGCAUUGCGAACGUUUGCCGGUGUUAUCGGCACAUUGGCCAUUAGUAUUGCCAACCUAUCAGUGUUGGUCGCUCUGGAAGGCGAGAUAGUCUGGCUUUGUCUCACAUGUUGCAAUACGGACAUUCUCUUCACCGCGUUUGUCAUUCAUUGGAUCAACUCUAGCGGCAAAGCUGCUCCAAUAUCCAAUGUCGAAGUUGCUCCUACCCCAGCCCCGCCGCCACCAUCAAUGGAGAUGUGCGAAAAAGAAGUUGUGACCUUCACUGAAAUAUUUGAUCAACGACGAAAGUCGUACGACGACCACGAGCCAUAG